AUGGAGUUGUAUUCACCUGAAGGAUUAAGAAUUGAUGGAAGAAGAUGGAAUGAAUUACGUAGAUUUGAAUGUCGAAUCAAUACGCAUCCAAAUUCAUCAGAUGGAUCAUCAUAUGUUGAACAAGGAAAUACUAAAGUUGUUUGUACAGUACAAGGACCAAUUGAACCACAAUUAAGAUCACAACAACAUUCAGAACAUGCAAAUAUUGAAAUUAAUUUAACUAUUGCUAAUUUUGCUACAUUUGAAAGAAAGAAAAGAAACAAGAAUGAAAAAAGAUUAAUUGAAUUGAAAAAUAUUUUAGAGAAAACAUUUAUGGAAAGUAUAAUGAUAAAUUUAUAUCCAAGAACAAAUAUAAUUAUAAAUAUUCAAGUUUUAAGUCAAGAUGGUGGAUUAUUAUCAGCAAUUACAAAUUCAAUAACUUUAGCUUUAAUUGAUUCUGGUAUUUCAAUGUAUGAUUACGUAAGUAGUAUAAAUUGUGGAUUAUAUGAUACUACACCAUUAUUAGAUUUAAAUAAUUUAGAAGAAAAUGAUAUUAGUAAUUUAACUAUUGGAGUUAUUGGUAAAAGUGAAAAAUUGGCAUUAUUAUUAUCUGAAGAUAAAAUGCCUUUAGAUAGAUUAGAAAAUGUUUUAUCACUUGCUAUUGCAGGUAGUCAUAGAAUUAGAGAUUUAAUGGAUCAAGAAGUAAGGAAACAUGGUAAUAUGAGAGCUCUUAAAAUGAAAUAA